AUGCGCGGUGUGAAUCGCGAGUCGCGGGAGAUAACGCUGGAGAACGCGAAGCGGCGGAUCAGCAGCAUGGCCGGCUCGCUGGGCCUGACCGCCCACCACACCGAGUCGGCCUUCCGCCUCUUCCUCCUCGCGCUCCAGCACAACUUUGUGCGCGGCCGCAAGUCCGAGUACGUCAUCUCCUCCUGCCUCUACGUCGUCUGCCGACGAGAGAAGACCGCCCCUCCCGCUGCCGUGAUCUACGGUCGGCAUCACCUCAAGGACUCAUCCCAACAGGUAGCCCUCAUUGUUCACGCUGUGACCGCACCAAGCACCGCCUAA